AUGCGUUUCGCAAGCUUUAGCCUCCUGGCUUUCCUCUUCGCGUCGUUAACUACUGCUCUCCCAACCGAACUCACAAACUUUCUCCUCGUAACAACGAAUCAAUCAACUGCAACAUCCAAUUCCUCAACCCUACGAGCCGUAUCCGCAACCUCAUUAUUCGACCCAUACUAUCAACCAACCCUCUACCUUCGCCUCACCGGCCCCGGUUAUGGUUCUCUCCCCAACUUUACCCUCACCUCCGGCACCCUACACACGACCACCUACGGGCCUCACGGUAUCGGGGUCUACGAAUACAACUCGACGACCGUGAUAGCAGGCCAGCAACUAGGAUUUCUAGCCGCGGAACAGCCAGCUGGUAAUCUCGCGCUGGAUGCGGGGUACCUCCUGACGGUUGGAGGGGAGAAGGAGGGCUGGAUGAUCUGUAAGGGCGAUUUAGAGCAAGAUGUGCUGUUUUGGAAGGGCUCGGGGACGACGUGUGUGAGGACGUUUGUACAUGGUGUGAGGGAUGCUCCGUAUUAGACGGCACGGGGAAGAGUGGAUAAAUGAGGGUUGAGAGCCUAAUGGGAUCAUGCAUGAGAUAGAAAUGGUACAAGGUCACAGCACACGAUUGCGAUAGAGUGCGGUAAUGCUAUACUGGCAUGUAAUGCAUAAAAUGUAGAUUGGAAACCAUCAUCCCAGUUUAAAAGCAUGAGGGAUGGAGAAAAUAAUGGUGAAAUUGAG